GUGGCGGAGAGGAGGUGGAGGGGGUGGGAUUCCCGGAGGCGCCGGCGUCACCGCGGGGACUCCCUCCUCACCUCACCUCGGCGCUGGGCACUGGUGGACGCGGUCGUCGGGAGGCAGCAGAAAUAUAUUUCCCCUAAACUGGAUUAGAAUAGGAUGUGUCCUGUGGGCAUUCCAUUUGUCAAGACAGUGGUAGCAAGAAAUCUGCCUUUGCCCAUCUUCUGAGAUAUUUCAAGCUGUCCUUCUAUUCUAACCCAUCUGACACUGCUUCUUGCCCAAGAAAACAACAGCUUUCCUGGAGUAGACCCCUGGUCUCAUGAACGAUCCAACGGAUCUCGGGAAUGGCAGCAUUCUGGAGCCAGUCGUGCGGCUCAGGAAAGGAUAUGUGCCUGAUGUUGCAGGGCCAAAGAGCGAUGAUAGUAACCAAUCCAGUGAGCAGGGGCCCCUCUUAGCGGAGCUGCCUACACCGUCCGAGCAGGAAAAGAGUUCUGAUGAUACCAGGGAUAAUGACGUGGCGCAGGAAGAUGAAGGAUUUAUGGGGAUGUUACCUCUCCUCCAAGCCCACCACGCCAUGGAGAAAAUGGAAGAGUUCGUAUGUAAGGUGUGGGAGGGCAGAUGGCGUGUCAUCCCCCAUGAUGUCUUGCCUGAUUGGCUAAAGGACAACGACUACCUGUUGCAUGGACACAGACCGCCCAUGCCAUCUUUCCGGGCUUGCUUCAAAAGCAUUUUCAGGAUACACACUGAAACUGGCAACAUCUGGACACAUCUACUAGGUUGUGUGUUCUUCUUGUGUCUGGGAAUAUUCUACAUGUUCCGGCCAAACAUGUCCUUUGUAGCACCCGUGCAGGAGAAGGUGGUGGUUGGAAUGUUCUUUUUGGGAGCCAUUCUCUGCCUCUCCUUCUCGUGGCUCUUCCAUACAGUUUACUGCCAUUCAGAAGGUGUGUCGAGGCUCUUCUCCAAGUUGGACUACUCCGGCAUUGCCCUUCUCAUUAUGGGCAGCUUUGUUCCUUGGCUGUACUACUCUUUUUACUGCAACCCUCAGCCCUGUUUCAUCUACUUGAUAGUGAUCUGUGUCUUGGGCAUUGCAGCCAUUAUAGUCUCCCAGUGGGACAGAUUUGCAACCCCUCAAUACAGAGGAGUACGAGCAGGAGUGUUUCUGGGUCUGGGCCUUAGUGGGGUCAUCCCCACUCUGCACUUCGUCAUCUCAGAAGGACUCCUCAGGGCUGCCACGAUGGGGCAGAUCGGCUGGCUUGCCCUCAUGGCUUGCUUGUACAUUACUGGCGCUGCCCUGUAUGCUGCUCGCAUCCCGGAGAGGUUCUUCCCGGGCAAGUGUGACAUCUGGUUCCACUCCCACCAGCUGUUCCAUGUGUUUGUAGUGGCGGGUGCUUUUGCACACUUCCAUGGGGUUUCGAACCUUCAGGAGUUCCGCUUCACAGCUGGAGGAGGCUGCUCGGAGAAUGAGAUGCAAUGAAAGUGGCCAGACACCCAGGACUGUAACCAAAAGAGAACCGUGGGAGCAGCCAGGAGUUAGCCAGGCAGCUGGUGCGAACAUCCGUGUCCACAGCAUACCCGUGGUGGUGUGGAAGCUUCAUGGGGAUUCUGACUAAGACGCAGAAGAAAAAUUCAUACCUCAAGUAUUGGAGUGAAUCAGUUUGGAAGACCCAGAAGUUCUUAAACCCUAAAUUAUUCCUGGGAUCUACAGAUUAAGCUAAAGAAAGCCCUUUCUUAAUCAGCUUCUGUUCAAUGCCAUAUUUAUUUGUAGAAAAUAAGAGAGGUUGUCUUGGAGAGGUGGCUUGGAAAUUGUUUUCUUUUUUAAAAAAAAAUCUAGUUUAAGAUUUGUAUCUUGUUCAGGUAAGUUGAUUUUAGAUGCUCUUUUGAAAGAGAAAAAUGUAAAUAAGAUUUCUAACUUUCUGUUUAAUUGAAAAGUUUAUAUAAAUGUUUUAAAAACUGGGAGGGGGGGGAAGGGGUUUUGUAUAGAAUGCAACAUGCAAGUACCACACACUGUUUCAAUUUUGCACGAACUCUGUCCAAGUACAAGAGGGCCAAGUGAAACCCCUGGGAAGUCAAGCAUCCAGGUUCUGAGGUUCUUCCUGGUGCUGGUGUACACUGGACGUUGACCCCCCCCAUAAGCCUCAUUGUGCGCACAAAGGUUGAAAGGAUUGAAGGCUUCCAACUUAAUCAGGCUGCCAUUCAGGCCUUUGUGUGUUCAGAUAGUCAAGGGAGAAGGGGCUGUCUGUAGGUGAGUGCUGCCCUUCUAGGCAUUGUGUCCCUCUAUUGAUACUUCCCAAUGGCUUUGUUGCACCAGCCUUCUGGAAUUUGGUGGCUUUAAAGGUACAAUAUAGCACAUCCCUUGACCUCUGAGGUCUCCUGUCAAGAAUUCUGCCAUUUUAUGAGGUCUGCCAUCCCCUUUAUCCAAGUGCACUUGGUAGUGUUGGGCACCUCUUGUUUUGUGGGUGAGCCAGGGAAUUGGAGCAAACACAUUAGGAGGAGGAGGUUAGUGGGAGUGGUGGGCACAGCGCUAUCUUUGAGGGAAGGAGAUUGGCAGUCUGCUUUGCUGACCCAUUCUGGAUUAUUUAGGGUGCUGCUGGACCACAGGAAUUCAAAGGUUGCCUGUAUUAAAUCGGCUAAGCUGCAAUGUAACACUGCCAUUUCUUCAGUUUUCCUUCUGGUACCUAAGGUAAUAUUGAAAACUGCAAAACACAACUUGCGGAUUAUACUUUGGAUUUGUGAUAGCGUUUCCUCUCCUUAUAAUAGUGUUUGGACCCAAGGAAGCUGGUCAGAUUUUAUCUCUGCCCUGGGGCAUUGAUUUUCUUCAUUUCCCAUGCACUGUUUUCAUAACUCGUUGCCCCAGAUAGCUCAACAGAACGGGAUAGCGGUACAUUCAGAGAAGGGAUGAAGGUCCAUGAAGCAGAACAGUUCGGGAAGGUGUAGCCACUGCUUCUUGUGGCGAAGGAAUGGCGUCGUAUGACAGAUUUGGAAGGAAACAUUUGGCAAAUUGUCUUUAUGCAAAUAACUUUCCAAGGGCAGUUAUUUUCAUCUCUAGAAUAAACAGAGGUUCUACUAUGUUUUUGCCAGCUUUCCUCCUCCUCUUUUUAAAGGGAUUGACUACUUCACCUUUCCCCCCGAAAACAGAAUCAGAAGUGUUAGACCUACAAGAGGUGCUUAACUGGUGCUUGUAGGCAGCUUAGGGAGGUUUUUUUGUUUGUUUUGAAUUGGAUCACAACACUGAAUGCAGCUAGGCAAGAUUGGCAGCCUAAUGUUUGUUGGUGUUUUGAUCCCAAGCCUAAGUCAACAGUAUUAACUUGAAUCCCUUGAACUCACCGGGAAGUCCGAUGCUGCUUUUGAAACCUCCUCACUGGUGUACGUAGCCACCUGGCCGAAGGGUGGCUUUCUGAACGAGGACAAGUGGCCGUGCAUAUCAGACCCAGACCUACCUGUGUGACAAGCACUUUUGUAUCGGUACCAGCAGAAGCCACAUCUCCCUCUUCUGGAUCAUCCUGUGCUUGCUUUCCAGAUAGGGGCUUUUGCAUCCUGGUCUGACCCGGCAUAGAAUCUGCAUAGAAACGCAGCACUCCACUUGCUGUUCUUAACCCCUCUUGGUCUCUGUUUUAAGACAUCUUGUUUCCCAAUAAGAAACUGCUUAGCUGUGCACUUUUUCUGUGGUGCUUGCUGAGACUUCUUCCCAGGUUGGCACCUGAUGCCUUACUCUCAGCAGUCGGAGGUUUGCUCGCUUCCUCUUUCUCUGUGCGUGCAGGUUUUCAGCAUAGUAUAGUUAGAUUCUGCAGCUUCUCUCUUUCUUUCUUUCUUUCUCCCAUUAACUAGUGGCCUUGUUCAGUUUUUUUUUAAAUGCUUACUGUUGGAGGCAACAAAGCACAUCUUGGACUUUGAAGAUGGGGUCUCUGGGCAGUGGGAUCUCAUUACUUGUUGUAUUCUGAACUUCUAAUAAAAACAAAAUACCAUGCA